AUGGAAAAUGUACCAACACUCCCUAUUUUUCUUUCAUGGAUUUGGCUGACCUCCCUCCCCCUGCUACUAUAUAAGCUUCUAGGAAAGCUGGUCUGCAGCCUGCCAGUCACUGGAAACUCACAAACCUUCAACUCAAAGUUAAAAAUGCUUUGCAUACAAAUCUUGGCAUGGAGGAACAUAGAUUAUGUCAAGAAAGCACUCAGCCAUGGUGUACAAAGCGGCUUUGUCUCCCCUUUCGUCAACAAGAGCCUUUAUGUAGUAAAUUCUUUCUCUCAUAAGGAGUUUGUUUGGAGCUUUGAGUAUGGCUUGAACACAAUUUUGGAAGUUCCUGCACUCCACCUCAUCCUCUAUACUUAUGUGCAACCCAUCACGGCAUCCAUGGGCAUUCUGAUGGCCUACACUCCCUUCACCAUUGCAGACAUCACUUAA